GCUGACACCCACGCCCCUUCCUUGGCGUGCGCGCUUUCUCUCAAUAGUUCCGUCGGUUUCAAACGCCACAUUAAAUAUAGACUUAUACAGCGAUAAAAGAUAGCGACCGUCUGCAUUCUCUCUCUCUCUCCCGCUCCGGCUACCGCCCGCACGAGGAUCAAUCACCGUGCAAGCAAAAAAAAACUUAGGAGCAAUCGCACUUGAUAGUUCGAUGGGGCGGGGACGCACCAAUGGAGCGCGGGGCGGAGUCGACGGACGUUCAGAGUUGCCAAUAGGCUUUGUGGAUGCGCGGGGUAGUCCACGCCUCCUCCUCAGGGGGCGGGGUCUGAAGCAUCACGCUUGGUUGAGGGGGCGUUGCUGCCUGAAGAUCAGGUGGACUUCAGCAGCACAGGGAGAGGAACGCAAGGAGACAAAAAAUAUGCCCAAGGAGAAGAAAUCCACAGAUGCUUUCGAUGAUGGCAUUGUACUGCUGAAGGAUAUAUCUGUAUGGAGAGAAGAUGCAAAAAAGAUAUACCUGAAAGAAAAACUGGAAGAUAAAGACCAGGAUGAACAUCCUCCAUUAAAGGAAAAAACCGGAUUUUCUGAGGAUUAUGUUCCACAAGGUGAUGCAUGCUGCUACCGCCUCCCAGUUCUCCUCCAAUUGCAGGGUGUGCUGCAUAAGGCUGAGGAAGAUGAGUGCAAUUUGAAGGGUCUUCCUAAACCAGUGCGUUUCUGGCCAAGUCACAUGGCCAGCUUUGGGCGUGGUGCUUUAUCCAGGAUUGGGCUGAUAUUAUCAGCUUAA